CUUCCGCUUGGGCAAAAAAUGGCGGCUACUGUUUCAGACUCACGUGUUGGUGUUGGGAAGAAGCAGAAAAAGUUACGGAAGAGGAAGAGAAUGAAGAUGGUAGAGAUGCCGUUGUCGUCUGAGUCGGAGCCGGAGCAGGAGGAAGACAGUGUCCCCGGCCGCCGCGAUUCUCUAGGAAGCUUGGGAGUUUCCAAAGACCAUUUUUCUUCUGAUGAAGCAAUUGAAGGUGAUAAUGAAGAUGAUACAGCUUAUGACAAAGAAAAUGAGAGUGCAGCAGAAUCUAAUGUUGGGACUAAUGCAGGCUGGGCAGAUGCCAUGGCUAAAAUUCUUAACAAAAAAAUUCCUAAAAGCAAGCCUACUAUCCUCAUCAAAAACAAAGAGCUGGAGAAGGAAAAAGAGAAAGAAAAACAAGAGAGAUUGGAGAAAAGAAAACAGCUUGAUAAGAAGCGGGAGUGGGAAAUGAUGUGCAGAGUAAAGCCAGAUGUUGUCAAAGACAAAGAAGUAGAGAGGAAUCUUCAAAGAAUUGCUACGAGAGGUGUGGUGCAGUUAUUCAAUGCUGUUCGGAAGCACCAGAAGAAUGUUGAUGAAAAACUGAAAGAAGUUGGAGGUUCUGUGAGAAAACGUGCAAAGUUGAUGUCAACAGUCACCAAGAAAGAUUUCAUUAGUGUUCUCAGAGGAGUAGAUGAAAGCAAAGACAGCAGGAGUUCCACAGGCCAAAAUUCAAAAGACAAACAGGCCAAAGGGAAAUCAGAGCAGGGCUCAGGCUGGAAUAUAUUGCGUGAUGACUUUAUGAUGGGAGCAACAAUGAAAGACUGGGAUAAAGAAAGUGAUGAACCAGAUAACACAGAAUGAAGUUCCAGAAAUGACUAACAAAUGACACCAUGAAGAUUGGGAUUCUUGAUAAAUUUAUUUUUCUGGAUAAAAUUGUUUAUCAUCUCAUUGAAUUUUGCAAUAUGGAGGUGGUAAUGCAGAUGCUGUUUAAAGAAAAAACAACAAACUUCACGUUUGUUCUUUCACUUAAUUUUUUCUUUGCAUCAAAAUCCAAAACUAUUUUCCAAAAGUUAUAAUUUUUAGUGGUACCUACAAAGGGUAGUUCAACAAAAUUCAAAAAUUACUGCCUCUUGGCAUGUUUUGUCAAGUUUGUUAUAAGUUUAAAUAUUAGUUAUAAGUUUUGAUCUGUUCUUGCAUUUCCAAAUUAGUAAUAUACCAAAAAAUAUUGUUACCUGCUGGUAAUGAAGAUGUUUUAUAUUUAAUUUUUUAUUAAUGUUUACUACAUAAAUUCUAUGAUUCUGCAAGUUAGUGUGUAUGCUUAUUUUGAAUAAAUGUCUUUUGUAUACAGUAUCAUUCUUCAUCUAGAGGGUUUGAGGGGAAAAUACAGAUAAUAAAACAUAGUUAGAAUUAUAGUUCUGAUUUUGAUUGAUUCAAUUUGAGUGCCAUGGAAAUUUAAUUUUUAAAAAUGAGGGUGAAGAAUUCUUUCUCGUAUUCUCUAGGUUUAUUUUAAAUAUGAAAUUAAUUUGGAGACAGGACUUCCAUUGUUUCAUUUUGCAAAAAAAUAAAUCAAACAUCUUAAAGAGUAGGUGAGAGGUUUGGGAUUUUUUGUUGUUUUUUGGAGGGAAGGAAUAUACUUUUUUUUUUCUUAAUCUGGUUUAGUUUGGAGGAAGGAAGGAUAGUUUUGACUUAUAACAAUGUACAUUAUAAAACUGGCAAUGUUGAUGUAAUUCACUGUACGUAGUUACUACAAAGAUUAGUAAUUUGGAUGAUGUUGACUAACAAGUAGUAGUGAUGAAAAAUAAAUUAACUUACAGGCCAAACAGGGCUACUCUAAGUUGAUAUUGAUGCUAAAUUAUUAAAAUUAAAGCUCAUAUCUUUCAUAUCUUUCUUAACAAAGUAAAAUACAAGAGUGUAAGCUUCAAUAAUGACUCUUUCAUACUAUUUUGCUUAACAUUUGUGCAAGAGUGUACUUUGUGAAUAGUUUAGUGGGAGUUUGAAUCCUCUUAUUUAAUUUUUUUUAUUGACACAACUAAUUUUUUUUUUUUAAAGAAAAGAAAUUAAAUCAGAGGAUUCAAAGUUCUCUGAUGAAGUAUUUAGCAACUUUGGUCAAGCUUUUAAAAUCCAUCCUAUUCUCUAUCUUUGCCCAUUAAGAAUAGUUCCAUUGUUUUCCAUAGUAAACUUGGAUCUAGAAUAUACUGUAUCUUAAUUUUUCCAAAAAAUCCUUCAAACGUAGGGGAGCAGAAAUUUGUUUUCAAGCUCAUUUGAGUGUUAAAGAUAAUAAAUAUCUAAAGACACAUUAGCACACAUCUUGAUAUUUAUUAUCAUAAAGUAACAUACACACCCAGAAUAUCCAAAGCUCAAGAUGCAUUAAUCCUCACUUCUGAUCACUUAAAAUAUUAUUAAAUUGUGGAACUGGUAUCUUGGUAGUAUAGCAUAAGCAAACAUUGUCACUAUUAACAUAAUUAGAACUUAAUGAGUAAAAUUAUGAAGUCCUAAUACAGAUUCACAUGUCAGUCAAUUGUGUGUUACAUUCUUUAUAGCACCCAGGGUUUUGAUUUUUGCUUUUUAAUUAACCUGUUUUAAUUCUUGAAGUACAUAGAUUCUCUUGCCACUAAACUCUUAAAGUAAGUUUGCAAGCAAGGGAGAGAGGAUUAGUAUUUGGAAAUUGUAUUCUCUCAAAUUUGAAACAGAUCCUAAUUCUUAGAAACUUGGAGAUAAUUCAGCAAAACAUGCUAUGGUGCUAACUUUAUCUUAAGUUCUUAAUUACUUUUUUAGAGAAUUGAUAGGCCACUUAAACAUAUACUGUCCUAAAUGAGAUGAAACAGGCAUUCCAAAUACAUAAACAGGUUUUACCUGAAAAACUGAGUUUUCUGUAUUUGUAUAGAUUUAUCAAAAGAUUGCUUGGUAUGAAUAUGAACCUAACAAUGUCAUAAAAGAAAUGAAAAUAGAACCAAAGUUCUUUUUAGCUAUUCCCAUCUACAUCCAUGUUACAAAAUUGUAUGUAUUAGGAAUUCAAAUUCAUCAUUAAUCAUAUUGAUGGGGAGGAAGAAUCAAAUGGCUGCAUUUCUUUUUUCCAUAGGAAAUGCUUUAGUUACCUUCUUAUACAACCAUUUUCUCACAUUUCAGUGGCAGAUUGUUAACAAUUAUUUAUUCAUCUGAAUAUCAUAAUGUUAGAACCAUAUUUUGCAUUUAUUUAGAUCUGUAUGAGAGUAGAAGCUGAUUUCUUUUGUUAUUACAAAACUUGAAGAAAGCGUAACCAUAACUUUCAAAUUAUUCUUGUUUUUUAUUCCUUUGCUUACAUAUUUACAGAGAAGCAUUCUCAGCAUAAAGUGUUACUUGAUUAUUGUUAACUUAUUAAACAAUAAUCCAGAAGUCCAAAUAGUUUUGCCUUUUUGGGACAUGAAAUAUGUUUCGAAUAAGUCAUUUUGACGGUCUAGUGUGGUAGAUUAGCCAGUUAUAUUUAUAGAGGCAGUGUUGCAUAAUGGUUAGAGGAUUAAGGAUUUAGAAUUAAGACCUGUGUUCUCUCUUUGGCACAUAACUAAUUAUAUGACCUUAGGCAAGUCACUUAAUUUUUAGUACCCUAGGCAUUUCUCUAAUACUUGCAGUUACUUAUAAAUUGUAUGGCUUCAUUAAGAUGGAGUCUCCAUAUUGUGAAAUCUCUGUAUAGAUGAAAUUCAUUUCUCUACUUCCCUAUCAAAAAAAGGCAAAAACUUCACAAUACAAUUUAUAUUACUGGUGUAAUAAAUUUAGUUUCAAAUUUCUUACAAAUCUAAUGUUAAUCGAAUUUUUAACUAAAAGUAUAUUAGGAACAGCUUCAUUAGCAUGAAGUAGAACAUUAAAACAGGAGACACAUUGAUAGGUUGGCGUAUAUGAAGGUAAGGCUAUCUAUAAAGAUAGCUAGUUUGUAGCCAUAUGCCAUGGCUGUAAAUUCAGCCACCAUACUUAACCAGUCACUUUACAACAGUAUGGUUGGUCUUGAGAAGACUGAGCUAAAUUUUAUGGAUGAUCAAAAAGGCAUUAACCAACCUAAGUAAUAUUUAAAAUAGUCUCACGUUUUUAUAGAUAUUUUUCUUCAUUGCAUAUAUUAACUUAUUUUGUAUAAAACUUUUCUUUCCAAAUAACAGUAACAAUAAAUUUCUUGAAAUUUA